AUGGUGGGCUGGGGCGCACGCGCCCAAGGUGGCCGGAGCUCGCGGGGCGAGGCACACAGGGGCCCACGCGGCUCGGGGAGCACACGGUCGUGCGGCCAUGGCAGGCAAGGGCGCACGCGGCCGUGCGGCCAUGGCGGCCGGAGCUCGCGGGGCCAUGGCGGGCAGGGGCGCAGGCUCCAGCACCUGUGCCUCCCUUGGCGCGCUCGCCGGCAGGAGCACGCCAUCUGGACGGACGAGGAGGAGGCCAGGCUGCUCGUCGUCACCCCGUCCAAGAGCGGGGCCAGCAAGGCCGCUGGGGUCGGGGACGAAGGGCACUCGCGCAUGGCGGACGCGUCGAAGCUGGUGACACUGACCCACGCUGCCGCCGCGCCUAGAUGCGCCGGUCCUGCUGCGCCGUGCACGGAGGACCGCCGCUGUCUCCCCGACCGCGCGGCCUCCUCUUCGACGUGCAGUGCGGCGGCGGCGUGGAUGGAGGCACGCGGAGUCGCGGUCUCAUGGACCCGUGCUGCCCAGCCGAUUGGAUAG